AUGGCAGCGAACACGCGCGGGUUCUUCACCGACUUCCCAGACUUCAAGCCCAACCCGGACGCCCCAGUGAGCGAUGAGUUCAACCGUCUAGCAAGCCAAAGAAAAUGGAAGACGGGCUCGAAAACCUGGCGCAAGAUGUGGAACCGAUGCAUGGCCCUGGAGUACGAUAGGCUGCUUGGACAGAAUCUCAGCGGACUUCAGAGCUGGCAGCAAUUGUGCGAGGAGCUGGACCUGACAGGGCCGUUCACGUCUAUCACGCAAUGCAAGAAGGCUUUGUCAAAGGUAUAUGUCAAUAUCGUGGAUCUUCUCGAUAGGAAAACUGGUUCAGCCAAUAUCAAACGAUUUUGA